UGCUGCGCAAAAAGCAUCAGAUCGAGCUGGCCCGCAAGCGUGGCUGGAAGGGCUACUGGGUGUGUCUGAAGGGCACAACGCUGCUGUUCUAUCCGUGCGAUUCGCGUGAGGGCCGAUCGGUUGAAGCCGCUCCGAAGCACCUGAUCAUCGUGGACGGUGCGAUCAUGCAGCCGAUACCGGAGCAUCCGAAGCGCGAUUACAUCUUCUGCCUCAGCACGGCGUUUGGUGACGCGUACCUGUUCCAGGCACCCUGUCAGGUGGAGCUCGAGAACUGGGUCAACAGUAUACACAGUGCCUGUGCGGCGGCGUUCGCUCGGCACCGUGGCAAAACUGGCACGUUGCAUCUGCUGCAGGAGGAAAUCUUCCGGCUCGAGAAAGCAAUAGAAUCGGAUCACAAGCUGAAACACAUGGCCGAUCUGCAGCAGAGCGUCGUUACCGACGCAGACACGCGCCACCAAAUCCAGCAACAGAUCCUGCAAUGGGAGGAAAACCUCGAGCGGCUGCACUGUGAACAGUUCCGACUGCGCUGCUACAUGGCAUCGCUGCAGAACGGUGAGCUGCCGAACCCAAAGUCACUGUUGACACACGUCUCGCGCCCGACAAAGAACACGCUCAACAAGCUGGGCGUCUUUACGGUGUCCUCGUUCCACGCGUUUAUCUGCGCCCGAUCGCCAUCGCUGCUAAACAACCUGCUGGCGGGUCGUGGUGCCACUAAACGGCGUCCACCGAUUCUGUCGCGCUCGAACAGCGGUUCCAGCCGGCGCUCGAUGCAGAUCAACUCACGGGACGAACCGGAGAAAAGCUACAAGGUGGCGCUGCCCGAGAACACCUUCGCCACGGUGUACCUGCGCGAGGGCAUGUCCGUCGAGGAGUUCCUGGCCAGUGCCUGUAGCCGCAAGAACCUAAAUCCGAUGGAGCACUUCGUGCGGGUGAAGAAGCGCCGCGAUAUGGAAGAUCACAACUACUUUGUUCCUCACAGAAAUGAUUUGAUUGAAACAUAUCUACACACCCAUGAGGUAGUGGAAGUGUGCGCGAAAAUUUUAUAUCAAGUAGAACUACAACGAACAACGCUCGAGCAGAUGUGGGGCUUCUCGGUUGAGGCGGAGCUGAUCGAAAACGCGGACCGGCAGGACGAGCUGUGCUGCUACGUGAGCCGCGUCGAGGACAAGAGCGUUGCCAUGCAAAACGGUGUCAUUAAAGGUGAUGAAAUAAUUGUGAUAAACGGUGCAAUCGUUUCCGACCUGGACAUGAUGUACUUGGAAAGUGUGCUUCAGGAAGAGCAAGCCUUAUGCAUGAUGAUGAGAUCUUCCCGCACGGAGCCACCGGACCUGGUCGGCAUCAUGCGCUCUACCGACGACAUCAUCGAGUCGCUGGUGUGUCCACCGCCACCAUCGGACCCGCCCGUCAUCAGCGAGGAGAUGAUCUCUGGCCUAAUCGUUCCCGCGCCCGGAUGGCGUAAGUAUCGCAAGGAGGUGUACUCGCCUGAAGUCGAGAGCUCGCCGGCCCCAUCCUCGAACGAUCCGCACCUAUCGGCGAUGGACCGCUCGAAGCCGUCGUCUCGCACCAGCAGCUUCGAGAUUGAGAAUCUGCUCAAGUCCGCCGAACAGGUCACCGGGUUCUGUCGUUCACCGCAGGAGACACGCAAGUCCAGCCCAACCGGAUCAGUCGCGUCCUCCAUGUCGAACGUGAUGUUGACUCCGUCACGCCAGCUGACGGACGCCGAGAAGCUGCGUAAGGUCAUCCUCGAGCUGGUUGACACUGAGAAGUCGUACGUCAAGCACCUGAACAAUCUGCUCGAGUACUACCUCGAGCCGCUGAAGCGCGAAACAUUCCUGUCGUACGCCGAGAUUACGGCGCUGUUCGGCAACAUCCAGGAGAUCGUCACAUUCCAGCGUCAGUUCUUGAACAACCUCGAGGAGGCGCUCGAUCUCGAGCCGGACUUCCAUCAGCUGGAACAUCCCAGUCAGUUUAAGAACGUACUGUUUGCUAUCGGCUCAGCAUUUUUGUACUACGUGAACCACUUCAAGCUAUACUCGUCGUUCUGCGCUAGCCACAGCAAGGCCCAGAAAGUGCUCCACCCGAAUGAAGGCAACCAAGCCCUGCAGGAGUUCCUGGCCGCUCGGAACCCGAAGCAGCAACACAGCAGCACACUCGAGUCGUUCCUUAUCAAGCCGAUACAACGCAUCCUGAAGUAUCCGCUAUUGCUGCAGCAAUUGCGCAACCUCACCGAUCCAAACGCAGCCGAACAUCUGCACCUGGUCGAGGCGCUAAAAGGCAUGGAAAAGGUGGCCGAACACAUCAACGAGAUGCAGCGCAUCCACGAGGAGUACGGUGCGAUCUUCGAUCAUCUGUUCCGGCAGCACCAGAAGUCCUGCAAGCAGCCCAUCGACCUCAGCCCUGGUGACCUGCUCUACUACGGUGGCGUGGAGUGGCUCAACAUCUCGGACUUCCUCGGCAAGAUCAAGAAGGGGCUCGAGCUGCACGCCAUGUGCUUCGUGUUCAAGUCGGCCGUCGUGUUCCUGUGCAAGGAGCGGCUCCGUCAGAAGAAGAAGCUGAUGGGUGUCUCGAGUAAGAACGCCACGAACGAGGUGGAAAUCAUUCGCUACCAGGUGCUGAUACCGGUCACCGAGGUGCAGGUGCGGGCCUCCUCCGCCAAGGACAUGGACUCGCACUUCCUCUGGGAGCUGAUACACCUCCGCUCGCAGCUGCAGCGGCGCUCGGAGAAGGUGUACGUGCUGUCGAACAGCACCGCCGAGUUCCGCAACGCGUUCCUCAAGACGAUCCGGCAGAUCAUACGGGAAAGCGUCCGCAACAUGUCGAUACCAUCGCUCAAGGGCAUGGGCGGUAGCACGAACUCGAUGACGGGCGUCGGAAAUUCGUCCGGAAAUUCGCAAACUCUCGAGCGCCCGAAACAGCAGCCACAGAUCAUGCAGGGCUCGCAGACGCUGGGCAAACCGAAGAAGUCCAAGAUCAACCAGCGCCACUCGUCCGGAAACAUCGACUACGACAACACGACCUCGGGCAGCCAGGAAGCGGACGAUCCACCGGUACCGCAGUACAGCGGUCAGUUCCGGAUGCGCAGCAAGACGGUGGGCGAUGUUGGAGAGCAAGUGGCGGCGUGUCGAAGGAACAUGAGUGAGCGCGAUCAGGAAAAACCGGAUCCGGGAACUAAGUCGGAAGGCGAAGAUGACUCCCAGCAAGGCACGGUGAAGCCGAAAUCGUCCUUGGGCAAAACACCGAAUCAUCUGACGUUAAGCACUACUUCCACGCUGUCCGUUGGCAGCACCGGCAGCCAGGCGCGCCUGAUACAGUCGUCCCAUCCGCCGGCCACCUAUCACCCGGUGCUGAUGAAGGAUCUAGGAUCCCCGGUGUGGAAGCCUAGAGACAUGAUUAGUUUAAGUGACGCCCCGUCGACAUCACGUAAAGAUGAAAGUAAAUAAAACAAAAGCAAAACACUUUUCUCGUACUCAUCCUAACUUUCGAUGCAAAAGCCAAACCAAAAACAAAUCGCAACAACAACAACAAAAAACUCAUUAUAUACAAAACUAAUCGCAACCCAAAAUGGGGCUCAAAUCGACUCAAUUAUUGCGAGUUGUAUGACGGUAAACACACACACACACACGUUCACUCACAGAGGAAGCAGCACUAACGGUGGGGGGGCGAACAGAGAGAAAGAGAGAUUAUGCAAAGACGUAAAAGGGGGAAGAUAAUCGAAUGGGCGUUAGAUAGAGCAAUAGAGCGUGACGUGGACAAGGACGAGAUAGACGAUGAUUGCACGGUGAGGGAAGACGCUCAGGAGCAAGGACAUGCCAACCGUACAUAGAGGCUGCUAAAGCUCGGCACUAUUUGCACGCAGGCAUUUUUAAGUACUCGAUUUUCCUAGAGCCAAUAAUGAAAAAAAAAAACAAACCCGAACAACCGGUUAAGCCAGCAGAGAUUGCGAGCAGAAAUCGCCAAAGGAGCUGCUCGCAGUCGUACAUUCGACGGGUUACGGGUUGUUUGCGUGUUCCCGUGCCGUGAGAUGGCAGAUGCGCAACCAAUCUACCACAAUGGAAUCGCGUGGUGAUGGACAUGAAGCCCACAGCUACGAGGUGGCCUGUUUUCUAACACUUCCUAUUGUCUGAUGAAGGAGAUGUGAGCGUCGAAGGCGCUAUCCUCUUUGGAGCAAAAUGAAGGAAUGCUCGAUCCCACACGCGAUCCUCCCAUACACAGCUUCCCAAAAGGGCUGAGGAUCGAGAGAGAACUCACGCCAUCAGACCUCACGACACACGCUUUCCACGGGCAGGGUCUGAGCGGUGUUGAGCGAUAUUGAUUCGAAGGAUAUAUCAGAUAAAUGGGGAGAAGAUUUAAAAUGAUACACCUUUACACACAAACACACAGACACUCACACAUUAGGAAAAUUAAACGAUUUUCACAAUUUAAAAGUAAUAAAAGUAACGCAACACUUCACGAAGGCAAACCAUUAUUGUUGAUCACGUAAGCAAAACCGGUAGUGAGAGGCGAAAAAGGCCACCCCCACCCCCCUUUUCCCGGGCCAUACCGUGCCUGUUGGGUGGUGGAGGCGGCACAAGCGUGGCACCGAGUAAGAGUAAGAGUCAUGGAAGGAGAGAAAACAAGAAAACAAAUCGUAAACGUGUUUGUAUUAGCGAUAUUGGAACGAAGUGAUCGAAGGCACCGCCUGCAGGCGCCUUCUCGAUCUAGUAUCAAUAGAGAAUGCGCUGAAAGUGAAGCCAAAAUGCAGCCGAAAAGCAGCAAACGCGAGAAAACGCGAUAGGAAGGUAUUACUGACGCACCACAACCCUCGGACUGAAGCGACUCAGAACAGGACGGCAUUACACGAGACGGCAUCGAAACGACACCCCCAACUGAACUUGUCCCUCUCCCAACACACGUCACAUGAGGACGGUGCGAAAUCGCAGUAGAGCAGCAAACGUGCGGAGUCGGGGGCGGAUAACGCGGGUGGGGGGGUAAGGAAAAACAAACCCGACCUGGUCGUGGAAAGCAGGCGCGGAAGCAAACCGUUAAUGCAGUUGAUAAUGGCGUAUUUGCGGACGCGGUGAGCAAAUUGUUUAGAGUUUGUUUUACACUUUUGAUCUUUUUUAAUCCUAAAUAAUAGCGUUAAAAUAUGAACCUGUAUAAUCGAGUGAAUGAAUGAUGAUUGACUUUGAAUUGAGCAGCUGAGAGAAGCAACUAUCACUAAAAGAAACACGAUGCAUCCCCUUUUGUCGCAACGCAGCGGAGGUUUUGCGAAUUAUGAUAUAAAAAAGAAAUGCAAACGCGUGAAAGCGUAACGAAACGAAUCCUUUUACACACACCUACACCCACAUACACCCCACGCUAGCGCUGGCUAGGCGGAAAGGAAGUAACUCUCUAUCCAACGUUACGUAGCGUUACUCGGUUCGAAUCGGUCGGAAACGAAAGGCAACAUACGUGUUGCUGAUUCGAUCAUUCAGUCGGUCCUUGCAUGUUCUUGCAUGUGGCCACAGCUGGGCACGGUUAUUCCAUAUGCUAUGUUUUACUUUCGGAAAAUCGGUGCACCGGAAUGGCGAAACAUAGAGAAACAGCUAACGAACUGAAAUGAUCACUACUGAAAUGAGCGACUACCCACACUUUGAUAGAUCACGAUCGCGAGUAACUGGGCGGAAAAGCCGCCCACCCUCGGGAGAAUGGAAAACAGAAGAACAUGAAAACAUAAGGACAAAUGGAAACACUUACAAACGCAAAUGUUGUAGCCAAAACUAGCACACUCACUCACAGAAACCUACAUUUACGAAUGGAAAAGGGAAUUGAAUUUUAUAACAAACAAAAAGAAAUUAAAAAAAUUAAGCAACAUUACCAGUUAGCAAACCAAAAAAAAAAAAAGAAAUCGACACUCAUACACAACCCCCACAUCAAAACACGCAGCAGCACACGCAGCAACAC